GUUAAUGUAAAUAGUGGUAAAAGUGAAUGUUUAUAAAUUAAAAACUGUUAAUAAUGCAACACUUAAUACAAGCCAGUCCAAUAUUUGAUAAAUUGAAACAUUUACAACAAACACUGUCAUACAGAAUUCACCUCUCUACAUCACAAAAGGUUGUGCUAUGGAGCAUAGGGGUAGUUGGGACAAGUGCUGUUGUGGUUGGAGUAUUGUCGAGAUAUCUUGCCAGGAGGCGCGCUAAACCCAUCCUCAACCCAAGGAUUCAAAGAGCACUUAAUAAAAGAAUUUCAAGAAUGAGAAGUCCAAAUGGAGGGAUGGGAUCAGGUGCCAGCAGCUGCGGCCGGAGCAGUCCCCUUGGGUUCAGUGAGCGUCUCUCCAUGGCAUCUGGUUCUGUUGGUUCCGGAGGUGGUGAUGCUGCGCCGUUAUCACCGCAGCAAUUAGGCGUAAUGGGUAUGGAGGCGUUGGAGACAAGCAUCAACUACUGGGAGGACGCUCUGGCUGCGUUCUCGCUGGGCGCGCGUGGAGGCGUGUCGGGUACGCUGGCACUCACCUCGCCCGAGGAGGCGGAGUUCUGUCGCGAGAUACAGGAUCUGCUCCAGGACGCUUAUCUAUUGCAGGAACGCUGUGAGCUACUGUUCCUGGACCAGCGCUCGGUGCUGUUCCGAUCGGAGAGUGGGGGCGAGGCGGGCGCGGCGGUAGGCGGGGCGGCGGGUGCGGGGCGCACGCGGCUGCUAUCACACGCUCACUCAGGCUCCUCCCACACGCACACGCGCAGGGAACUGCACUCCAGUGCCGAGUCGUUCGCCUCCGCUGAAGAUCAGGUGGCAGAUUUGAGAGAGCUGGACGACUUCGGAGAGAAUGCGACGGAAACAGAUAAUUUAGAACUGUAUCAAAGCGCUGUGAAGCAGUUGGAAGUUGGCAUUCCCUACAGGACUUUGCGCACAGAGGUGGUGCAGUGUGCAUCAGACUCAGAAUUCCUGUGCAAGUUGCACUGCUUACGGCAGGCGAGUGCGCGCGUCUUCCGCGACGCCGCCGCCUGGGCCUGGUUCGUGGACGCCGGCCGGCAGGUGCUCACGGAUCUCCUGCUUUUCGCUGACAAGGAGCCAAAGGAGUUUCUAGUCGCGUACGAGGAAAUGGUGUCGUGGGCGACAGAUGCCGCGAAUUGGUCUACAAUUGAAAAGGAACUAACUAGCAAGGGAGUAAAGGUGCUGUCGUUCUAUGACGUGGUGCUGGACUACAUCCUGCUGGACGCAUUCGAGGACCUGGCCUCUCCGCCCUCCUCAGUGCUGGCUGUCGUGCGCAAUCGCUGGCUGUCUGACGGAUUCAAGGAGAGCGCUCUGACGACAGCCGUGUGGUCUGUCAUCAAAGCGAAGCGUCGCUACCUGCAGUACCCUGAGGGGUUCAUGUCGCACUUCUACUCCAUCUCCGAGCACCUGCUGCCGGUGCUGGUGUGGGGCUUCCUCGGCCCCGGGGAGCGCCUGCGAGACAUGUGCGACUGCUUCCAGACCGAGGUCGUCGGCUUCAUCACCGACCUCUUCAGCUUCAGCAAAUGCAGGUACACCAAUGUUGAUGAUCUGGCCGAAGAUUUGAUGCAGCACGCCAGGUCCAGGGUGGCCAACAUCACCGACAAACUCUCCGAGAGGAUUUAAUAGUUUGACUUUAUUUCCCUGCCAUGUUUAUUAGCGUAGUCAUUUUGUCACUAAAGACACCCCUUAGAAAAGGCCGUUGUAUAGUCUAGGACUUUUAUUUCCUACCCUAUCGGUGAAAUUACUUGUUGUAUAGUAUUGGAAUCUAUAGGUUCAUUUAGACCAAGACAAACGUAUAUAUUUUCUCAUUAUUUCCCAAACGUUUGCCUUGCACCGAAACACCCGCCGGAUUAUGUCUGAAUGAUUCUUAAGUGGGAAGCGAAUUUAAUUCUCUGACUGUACAUUCGAAUUAUAACCGUAUUUUUAUCUGGAAAUGGUAAAUCUUACUGUAGAACAUAUUCGCAUCCCUUUCAUUACCUUUGACAGAACAGAGACAUCAAUAUGUAUUAUUACAAGUCAGUGGAGUUGUACAGUAAGAUCUAUUUAUUUACAAAGGAAAUAAUAUUUAGAAGGGAAAUAAUUUGUUUGCAGUUGAUUAAUUAUUACUUAUGACUUCUCAUGAAUAUUAUAUGAGAAUAGACAAAAAAUAAUACAGUAUUAGGACAAUAAUCACUGAAAAUGUGUAUUGAAUGUAAAACAUUAAUUAUUUCAAAUAGAAAAAAGACAAAGAAAACAUUUUACGCAAAAAACAACAAAAUAAUUGUCUAUCUUAUUUUAUUAAUAUAGUCGCUGCAACGUGAUCCUACUAUAUAAAGGUCACAAAAUUGUUUAAAUAAGAAAAGCUUUGAAUCGUUUAAAAUGUAUGUAAUAUUUAUAUAUUGUGUAUAUAUACUUGUUUCAAUCGUAUAAUGUUAUAUUUAUAUACUUGUCUCUAAAUCAUGGUGGUAAAGUGGGCAUAAAGGGUUAGGGGGUAAACCAACAAACUAUUGAUUUUCUCCAUAUACUUUUAUCCAAUUGGCACUUAAUUUAAUGAUCAAAUAUGUUUUUGGGUUUUUUAUUAAAGCUUGAUUUAUUUUUAUUUCAAGUAGUCAAUGAUUUCUGUA